GAACGCGGCAUCUGGAUCGAGUUCAUCUGAUCCACACUCCGGAGUAGAAGGUGACGGUAAUAAAGCUGGAUGCCAACCGCCGUUAAAAAAGAAGAAGAAGAAGAAGAAGUGGAGGUUCACAGUAGGUGGCGAUAAUGCGCGAAAUCGGUGAAAAAAAGGAGGAAGUAGAAAGAACGAAACGACGAGAAGUGAAAGCAAGGCAAGGCGUUAAAACUGGAGAUCAUUGUUUUCGAUAGCUACUUGAAUCAUGGGACUAAGAUGCUGCAUCAUUGUAUUACUUCUACAUCUGACAGGCAAAGUGUCUCUGCAGGACUCUGCAAACAAAUUUGAGUGUUUUGUUGGAGACUCCGUCACCUUGCCAUGUUUAUAUGAGAAUAAACAAAGUAAUGUACUUUGGCGACACAAUGUAAGCAGGAGAGUGUUAAAUAUUAUAAAUGACAAACUCUCACUAGAAAAGCAGGACAAGAUAUUCCAGAAUCGAACAGAAAGUUUCUCUUCAGAGUAUCCAAAGGGAAACUACUCAAUUAUGCUGAAAAAUGUAGAGUUAAAUCAUGCAGGAAACUACACUUGUUUUAUUCAAAAAUCAAAUGAGGAAAAGAAGCUACAGCUUUUUGUCAAAGAAAAGCCUGAGAAAAACAUUCAAAAGCCAGGAAACUCCUCCAUGAAUGCACAAUCACAGAAGAUUAUGGCUUUCCUAAUUGCUCUAUUGGGACUUACUCUGCACCUCAUCUGAGUUUUGCUCCAAGUGCUUGUUACAUUUGAUAGUAUGUAGUGACAGUGACCAGAUGUGUUUGAUGUUGACAGUAUUAUUCUCAAUCUGCGGUAAAUCUGCGGGUCAAAUCUGCAGAAGGGAUUGCUUGUUUGGACAUUAUCUUUUUCAUACUCAUUAUGUUUGGACCAGUGGAUCGCUCACAUUGUUCAUAUGCUAUCACUCUGGACUAUGCCAUUGACUUGGAUUUUGCUGAUAUGUUGAGUCUGUAUCAUUAGGGGCCAAGCACCACAAGUGUGUAUUCGUUAUUCUUCUGCACUUUAGUCUAUGGUGGCACAUACACCCGUUCAUAGAAAAUGUAAUAAUUUGCACACAGAGCACAGUCUGAAUAUUAACUGGGUAUGGCUCAGUACCACUUUUUCAUGUUUGAUACCACAGCCUUGACUGUCUACCAAUGCUUUUGAUGAUGACACAUUUUCACAGAAGUCAUCCACUCACGUUCCUGAGACAUGCUGAGUACAACAAUACCACACAUGCUAUGUUUUGACCUUACAGUCUGUCUUCCUUUUAGGUUUAUUGUGUAAACAACUUGAGACCAUUGCUUUUAGGCUAUUUGCCCAAUCUAGGCUUCGGGAAAUACACAUCCAACUAUAGUCGCAAGUUCCGUCAUUACCAACACAAUUCAACAUUUGCAAUUUUUUUUUUUUUUUUUUUAAAUCAACACUUUUUCUGUUAUUAUGCUUGGCCCUGUAACCGCUACUUUGAGCUAUGUUUUAUAUUAUGUUUACUGUUACAUUGUUUGGUUUGCUUGUUUAAUAAGUGCUCUGUUUUUUUUUUUUACAUUUACAAUACGACUUGCAAUAUGUAAGCAAUUUGUCACAAAGAUGGAUAAAAGAAGAAACAUCCGCUCGCUGUUCUCAUGCUAUCUGAACAUUUACCUGAAUGCUAUUAACUUAAAUUACUGUUUUUAUUUGUGAUUUACUUUUGUAUUCAUCAUAUUGUUUGCAUCUUUGUUCUUAUUUUUUAAUAGCAAAGCAAUAUAACAAAAUAAAAAUAAUUAUAUCCACCACAUAUCACUAUAUAAAGUCUACACACCUGUGUUUAAAAAAAACAGCUGGUUUUUGUGAUGUAAAAAAAUGAGACAUAUAUCACAGAACAUUUGCAUGUUUAAUGUAAAAAUUACAACCUAUACAAUGAUACUAAAAACCAAAGUGAAAUAUUUUAGAGAAAAACUUGGAAUAACUAACUGCAUAAGUGUGCACACCCCUGAACUAAAACUUAGUUGGAGCACCAUUUGAUAUUCUUACAGCACUUAGUCUAUUCGAAUAUGAGUCUAUCAGCUUGGCACAUCUUGACUUGGGAAUAUUUUCCCACUCUUCUUUGCAAAAACUUUCCAGAUCUGUUAAAUUGCAAAAACAUCUCAUUGUAUGUUAGUUAGUAGUACCAAGGCACAUUGUUUUAUGCUCUAUUGCAAUUACACAUUUAAGAUGUUUAGUACUUCAAUAGCACCUCCUGGUGGAAUCCCAAAACUGCAAAUGCACAGAUUUUUCAACCCCAGUGUUGAAUUUGUGGUCAAAUAUAUUGUGAUUUUGGCUAAAUACUGUAGUGCAAAUUGUUUUUAACUACUCCAACAUCUUUCUAUUCCAACGUGAGUUGGUGGUGUUUUACAAAUCAUAAUAUAUUCCAAACAAAAAGCUGUUUUUGUGGUUGUCAUUUUUGUGUGGCUGUUUUUGUAGUUUAGACGUUUUUUUGUUUUUUGUUUUUUAUGGGGGCGGCCUUUGUGUUUUAUAUUUGUACAAAGGGGAUUUUGAUAUAAUCCAGCUUGCCUUAUAUGAUGUCAAAUUAAUUGGAAAAAGGAAUUAAUAAAGAAGUGCUGUGUGAGCGA